CUUACGCAUCCCAUCACGCCUGAGGACCACGCUGAUCAGUGUCCUUUAAGUUUCGGCAUCGCCUUUUGUUGUUGUGCUAAUACGGUGAUUAAUCCUGGUUGACAGGUGUUGAAAGAUGUCAUGUCUGGCAGAAUGUCUGGAGGCUGUGGGCCCUCCACCCGACUCGAUCCUGUCAAUGCCGCCGCCUCCGGCACCCGCCUUCCUGCUGCCGCAUUACCCAGUGGACGCGCCACCCAACGCCAGCGGUUGCUCCACUUUCGAAGUGUGGCCGUUAUGUGAGGCGGCUGCCGUGGCUGCGGGGGCAGCAGUGCCACCAGCUGCCCAUGACAGGCCGUCACAUGUGCUCGUUACCGGAGGGAACUUCGUCGAGCUACCCAGGAAAGACAUCGAAGCAUGGAGUGGGAUUGGAGAUACAUGGCUAUUGGUAGUAGUCGCUUCAUCUAUCGGCGUCCUGCUACUUGGUGCUCUUCUGGCCAUGUUUCUACUGAAAUGCAGAGAAAUGAACAUGUUCGGGGGCACGGACUGUUCCAUUCACAGACAAAUUAAGAACCAUCACGAGCACCAACGGGACUGCUCCGGUACCAUGACCAGUUUGAACGGCAGCAAAAUGAUGCACCCUGCAGACUCUGUUCUGUAUCAUGGGAACGCAUCGCAGACAAUCCAGGACAACAGGAUGGUGUGGGCUACGUUGACUCCUAGGGGAACACAACACUUCAUCUCGGAAAGCUAUCCGCCGGACUUGAUUGACUACGGCGAGCCUGAAGAUCAUUACGAGGCUAUUGAUCAGGUCGAAGCUGUGCCACCUCCUCCCAGCUAUUAUCAAAGUAUCAAGGUUACAACUCCUAAAACACCCAAGGGAAAUAUAAGCUUCGAAAAUUCUGGAUUUAUGGAUUACGACUAUGAGGACCCGGAAAACUACCAGCUAAGUCCAGAGCAAUACCAACAAUAUGACAACAUGGACAUGCGUUGCUCUAGUUUGGGCUUGCGAAGACAAGUGAUGAUCAGUAGACCCAUGGUGUCAUCGCCUACCAGGAUAGAACACCCGAAUUUACCACCCCUAAAUAUGUAUCCCCUCAAAGGGAAUACUUUGAAGAAGAAUAGUACUUUAAGCUACAGAGCGGUGGAUGGUGGUACCUUGCCUAAAUAUGGGCUGUAAUUCCGCUUAUUUUUACUUAAAUGAUGAAUUAUCAGGGUUGAGGUUUGGGAAUGGUCCACACCGAAUUCAGGAUGUCUUGAGUAAGGAGGUUGUUUUGACUUUAGGAUCAGGGUAAAAGUGAAUAUGUAAUUUGUGUACCUUUUAGCGUCCUCAUAGAUACUCAAUUGCACAAAACGGCCACGUAAUUUUUCAGUUAAACUUAGUCUACAGUUUUUGUGGUUUUGGCAAACUUUGAUGGACACUGAUGGCUGUACCUACAGAUUAUUCUUUGUCACUCAAGCAUUUUUGUAACCUUUUUUGAUUGUAUUAUCCUUUUGAGUGCUUUCAUUCCGAUGUUCGAUGAUCGAAGCAGCUUUAAACAACUGACAGAAUCACAGCAAUGAGAAAAGAAACGAGAGUUUGACGUUUCUGGGCUCCUUAGACUUGAAGCUCAUUUUUCUCAUAAGAGGAGCGCAGAAAUCAUGAGUGUUUUAUAUUAUAUAAAUAUAUCUUAGCUGUCUAAAACCAACUAAACGUGGAUCUCAACUGAUACGAUUUAAGCCAAGUAAACAACUUUAAAAUGUACAUAUUAUCAUAAUGACUGAAUUAUAUGCUCAUAUACUAAAGCUUCUAGGAUAAGAAUCACACUAUAUCUAAGCAAAUUACAUCCUUUUCAAGGUUUGGGCUACCUACAAACGCAAUGAGAUAGCAGCUUAAUCCAGUAGAAAUUCCUGUACUUAAUUUUAGCUUUAGUAUCGCUUCGUAAAUGACAUUUAAUGAAUAAAUGAAUGAAACAUGAAAGUCGAGGCAUACCGGCCACCAUAAGGAGCCAGCACAUAUGCCACUCAGACGGGCCCUUGUUCACUCCUACAUUUUUCAGACCUCGCCAUUCUAGCGAAGUUGAGUAUGGUCUUGAGUCCAAGCUCCUUAACGUUCUGGGCGUCCAAAGUGAUGGACCCCAGUAUAGUCUGCCUGUUGUAGCUAAAAGCCUCACAGCGACACAGAACGUGCGCCGAGGUAUCUUCUUCUACCCCGCAGCGCUCACACAUGGGAUCCUCAAUCACCCUCUUAGCAGGUGGUGCUUUAACGUGUUAUGGCCUAGACAACAGUCCCACCAGCAACCUUAGGUUGGCUCUAUCCAAAGAUAAGCAGAAACGUCCAUCCUUAGCGUUGGGCCCUGGAAUGAGUUCCCGUGCCUGACGUAGAUGUCUGGAGAUGCUUCUCAAUUUUCCUCCUAACUCUUAGCGCGGGCGCACCUACGAGCUCAGGACCUACGAGCUUGCUGGCUCCUUCGCCAGAGCGUCCGCCGUCUCAAUGCCCUUUAUCCCAGCGUGAACCGGGAUCCACACUAACGAUACCGCAUGCCACGCUGCUAGACAAUCCAGAGCCUGCAACUCAAGGCUCGAAGUAAUUUUACAGCCACUUAGUGCCUUCAUUGCAGCCUGGUUGUCGGAGAAGAUUGUUAUUAUAUGUAACUCGCAACGAUUUCCGCAUCCACCAAGAGGCAGAGAUAGCCUAGUCCUAGGCCCCGAGACCCCGACCCCUCUUGCCAGACUUGCCCACUCACUUCGGUGAGCCUCUAGCAACCGGCGUCCCACUCCUGCCUCGUUGGAUACUCGACAUUAAACAUGCAGUUGAAGCUAUACUUAGGGGUAAUCACAUCGCCCUUGCUCAGAAGGACGGGAUCCUUCCUUUUCAGUUCUACCAGGAUGGCAAUAUGACCCUUAACAGGAUUCAAGAAGGCCCAGCUACCCUCACUCCACAGUCGGUGUGCGACUACUCACGCCUCUCCGCGGAUUCCUAGAUCCAACGGUGGGAGAUCCAGCGGAGCUUCCACUGCCCUCAAUGGCGUUGUCCGCACUGCGAUUGUAAUGCUGAUAUAGGCCAAACGCUGAUUUUCGUUGAAUUUGGCCUUAGUAGUCUCAGUUCCAAUGCAAGGCCAUCAAACCAAGCAGUCUUACAACAGAGAUGGACGCACUGUUGUCGUGUAGCGCUAAUGAACCACUUUGGGUUUAAACCCCUACCUAACACCAACAAGCUCACAAUGAAUUGCGAGCCUUUUUAACCUUAAAUUCAACGUGCUCUCUCCAGUUCAGUUUACAGUCCAGGAUAAUUCCUAGAUAUCUUACUGAUUGGGAUAGAACUAAUCUAGUCCCAAAGAAGGUCGGCGAGACAAGCCCGUCAAGUCUUCUUCUCCUAGUGAAUGGGAUCAGCUCGGUAUUUCCAGCGUUGACAAACAGAUCAACUUCCCUACACCAUGAUUUCACAGCGCGCAAAGCUCCCUGAAUAAUCUCACACUGUUUUACAAAAACGACCUCAAACUACUAUGCUUACGUUAUCAGCAUAGACUUGCACGUAGAUACCCGCACUGUUGAGCCUAACGAGGAGUUCAUUCACCACGAGGCACCACAGUAAGAGUGACAGUCUCGAGCUACGUUGACGCUGCAGCUUACCUCAUUCAGCAUAGCUGUUAAUACCCGACCAUACAGAGUGGAUAGAACCCAAUCUACUAGGAUUGAUCCCCGUGCCUAACCAAGUCAUGUCUGAUGGAGUCGGUUGUAGUGCAACUAAAUGCACCUUCGAUAUCCAAAAAGCCGCAAGUGUCAUUUCUCGCUGAUCUAGAGUCUUCUCCAGCCUGCCGACCAGAUUAUGUAAGGCCAGAUCAGUCGGUUUCCCAGCUUGGUAUACAAACUGAUUGGAAUGAAUGCCACACUUCUCCCUCAAGAAUCUGUCAACUAUUCUUUCCAAUGUCUUAAGCACAAAAGAUGAAAGGGUAAUCGAACGAAAAUUCUUCGGGCCAGUGUAUCUAGCUCUACCCGGUUUAGGAAUAAAUACCACUUUUGCCUACCGCCAGCUUCUAGGUGUGAAGCCCAAACAUACACCUUCAACAGAUAAGGAACAAUAGAAUCCCGCCCAUGCUGUACACCGUCCGGACUCGGGCUUUUGUAUCAAACAAACGAAUCAGACAGAGAUCCUAAUCUUGCUCUAGUGUCUUUUCAUCGCAUUAAGUGUAUUCUAGCUGUAGCAGGAAUGCCCUUUGUGGACUGGCAGAAGUUCCUCCAGGCUUCCCUGGAAGCUCUUCUAAUCUUCUUUUUGUAUUCCUGCAACGCCUUCUUGUAGUCUUUCCAUUGGGGAUACCUUCUCCUGUGCUUAACUCUACCAAGAAGUUUGUGCUCUAACUCCUUAGACCAGAAGGUUGUCUUGACCCUACCUCGAACUUUGCGUAAAGGGCAGUUGUCCUACUACGAAGUCGUCAAGUCCCUGCUCAGAGACUGUUCGUAUAUCAGGGCCCCUACAAAGGCUGCAUGGGACCCCUCCACGCUUACUAUCAAGGUCUGGCCUAAUGGACGCCCAGUUGGUAUGCCUAGGAUUCCGAGCAUAUUUAUCUGGAAUCUCUCAGUCAGUCUUAAACAUAUAUCUGUGAUCCGAUAGAGAGGGUGUAAGAAACACUUUCCAGUCCCUAAUCUCUUGAGCUAAAUUGAGCGUACUCAGUGUUACGUCGAAAGUAGGCGUGUUACCGACAUUCAGGAUCUCAAGCUUCGAUGACCCUAGAAACUCCAUGAGGUCUUCGCCCCGUCUGUUGGUGUUCGAGCUGCCCCACAUGACGUGGUGAGCAUUGCUGUCGCAUCCAAUCACGAGGUCAAGUCCAGAAUCCCUGCAAUAUGCGACAAGGUCCCCCAGUUCCUUAGACGGAGGAGGUUCCCUUGAAUCGUAAGGAAAGUAUGCCGAACAUGCGACCAGGCCUUUGUCAGCUCCUUCCUUCUUAUAUCUAAUUCUAACUGCAACUAAGUGACAUUACUUUUGAGGGUUAUAUGCACCAGUGCACAAUGUUAAAAAAGGAAAAAGGGUUUGAACCGUCUACACCCUUCGAAGCUUAUAACGGGUACAAAAGGAAUGUUUUGAUAUCAUGUCGCUAUCAUAGCGAUAUGGCAUGUACAGGGUGGCCAACUAAGAAUGCGAGGUACUGUACCUAUCCACCGUAGAGGCUUAUGGCAAAAAAGUUUUUACUGAAACGGCCAAGAUAAAGACCUUAAAUUAUUUCAAGUUUCUUAAAUGGUCGCUAGGGAGCGUAACUGCAAUCUUGAAACUAAAAAAGUGAUGACUUUUUUUGUUUGACAAGUUUUGCUGCAUCUCUUAAAAUACAGAGGUGGGAGUAUUCAAAGGUUUCCGAAAAGAAUACGCUGUAUGUUCGAGACAUCUGAGCUAAAAGGAAAGUAACUUAUGCUAAUAACAAAAGCCAUAUUUUUUGUUUAAAUGCAUGUUCAUGGGUAUAUACGAAAAAGACAAUUAUAGAAACAGACCAUGGAAUACAUACAAAACAAAUACCUAAUCAUUGGAUUGGAAGAGGAAGUCUGUUUCCAGGGCCUUCGCGAUCACCAGACUUGUUUUGAUUUUUAUUCAUUUCGAGCAUUUACUGGGGCAUUAAAAACCCUACUUUUUUCAAUCGGUCUUUUUCAGGGUCAAAACUUAUAAUAAAAGGAACUUCCCAAAAAAAAUAGUUUAAAAAAUAAAAAUAAAAGGGGUUAUCGUAUAAAUUUUCCUUUGGCCUAAAUUUUAAGCCAGGAACAAGAUAUCGAGAUGCGGUUUUCGCGAGCUUGUUUGGACAUCAUUUAGCUACUUUUUUUAUUUAAGAAAUCAUACCAAUGCAUUUCAUUUUUUUAAAGAAAAUGAACCUUUUCUGUCGGAAUGUCAAAAAAGCCCUCUAGCGGCCACAUGUGAAACUAACAAAACCUCAAAUAUUGUAGCCCAAGAAUAGCUCUUUGCAACUAGGCCAAGUUUGUUAGAAUCGGCUCAGCCGUUUCGAAGAUACAGCGAGUUCUUUACGGAAACAGCAAAAAUUGUUACACAAAAAAGGUUCAAAUUAUCCUCGAAUUUGUAGAUCAGGUAUUUUUUGUUAGGUAAAUACAGCAGAAUUUACAGAAACAUCACUUUUUUAUAUUCAAGAAACUUGAAAAUAUUAACCAGGUUUUUCUCUUGGCCGUUUCACCGCAAUGGAUAGGUUCCCAGAUACAUCACCUCGCAUUCUUAGCUGGCUACCAUGUACAUCAAAUUACUUCAAUGUCUGUCAGCGCGGGACACCUGAUAAGCCCUAACUUCAAAAGGACACCCUUUUGCAUAUACACACCAAUCAUUAUUUGAUUCAUAUUUACAUACACAGUAGACGUAGUGAUACAUUCAUAUUCGAUAACAAUAAAAGCACUCGAAUCGCAUAUUAUGUAGAUGUGCUUACCACAAAUAAUAGAAUGACAUUUUGAACUCAUUAUCAGCUGAAUGUGAUUUCCUGUUGAUUCUAACUGUUUGAGCUUCGAGAGAGGAAUUACAAAAUAUGAAAUUACACACUAUAAUAAAUUGAUAUCCAGAAAUGAUCUCAGAGGGACCAGUUAUCGCCUUAACAGAUGGCGGAUCAUGCAGACAAAAAUAGAAAAGUCGUUAUCGCAUUCUAAUUAUAGUUAAUUUGCUUACACAAACAAAUUUUAGUUAUCAAUAUCUCUCUUGAAGUUCGUAUACCAGAAGCUAGUUUUGGCUAUGUAGUCAUUUUUGUAUACCUUUUAGUGAUAGUUUUUAUAUAUCAGUACCUUAUUGUUGGUGUCUAUUUUGUUUAUUGACUCGAAUAAAGUAUUUGUUACACGAA